ACAGACUCCCCUCUCCGCGCCGUCUCCUCCGCUAUGGCCUCCACCAGCUCUGGCGUGCCUCCAGAAACAUCGCACCAGCUCUAUAUGGACAGCCUCAGACUCAUAGGCAACACCACCGUCGUAGGCACCUUCUACGGCAUGAUGACCGUCGCAGCCGGCAUGUGCGUGCAGACCCUCGUCCGCUUCCGCAAGCGCCGCACCCCCCGCCGCCUCGCCUUUCUCCUCGCCUACGUCGCCGUGCUGUGGGCGAGCGGCACGCUCUACGUCGCGGGCCUCGCGCUCUCGACGCAGACGACCUACAUCGACCACCGCCUGUUCUCGCCCGGGCCGUAUGCGUACUACAAGUUCGACCAGCCGGGCGUGAUCAUGACGAUGGUUACCUACUUCGUUGGGUACGUGUUCGCGGACGGAAUGAUGGUAUGGAGGUUUAGGGUCAUCUGGCGCGACUCGAAGCAUUACUGGUGGCUCGUCCCGAUACCCUGUCUCGCUUGGGCAACCAACGUCGUCGUGGGCCUCCUUGCGGACGUAUUCAUAUCCAUGCCGCAACACGCGUUCUACUCCACGAUAUCCCAGAAGAUCGUCGUACCGAACAUGGUGUUAACCAUAUGUCUCAACGUCUUCACCACGACCCUCAUGGCGGGCCGCCUCCUCAUGUUCCGCCGGCGGAUGCAGCAGCACGAAGUCCCCGGCAGCUCCACGCCCUCCUCCAAGCAAUACACGAACGUCGCGGCGAUGCUCGUCGAGUCCUGCACGCUCUACACGACCUCCUCCGUCCUCUUCCUCGGCUUCUACCUCGCGAACCACCCCGCGGAGACCGUCAUGGUCUCCAUCACGUCCCAGAUGCAGCUCAUCGGCCCGCUGCUGGUGAUGCUCCGCAUCUCGCGCGGCGUCGCGUGGAAGGAGAGCACGCACUCGGAGAUCACCACCGGCACGCGGCGCGAUACCGAGGUGCAGUUCGCGCGCGGCUCUGUGUACGGCGACGGCGAGGCGUGUGGGCAGGGUCACGGGGGCGACCCCAGGGGCCGCCGCCACAGCAGCGGGGAGGAGGAGGACGAGGACGAGAGCGGGGAGGACGGGUCGAAGAGGGGGAGUCAGCUGGAGAGCCCGCGGUUGCCGCGGAUGUCGAUGAACGAGAAGAGGAGCGAGUCGAGUAUCUCGUUUGCGGAGCAUGAGCUGGACGGUGUGGAGGGGGUCGUACGCGCGGACGAGCUCGUCAAGGGCGAGGUCUAGCCUGCUGUUCAUGUGGGGCCUUGGGGCCAUGAGCUAGCAUGGAGUCCGGUGCUGCUAGUUUUAGCAUAGGGUGCCCGGAUUUGAAGCUUGAAGUUGGGAGUUUGAGGGUGUGCUCGUGGACUUUGCGCAUUCGACGUACAUAGGACCGUGAUCACGCAUAUUUUGUACACGCUCGCUGGUAUUGCGCACACGCUCGUUACAUGCUUCUCAAGUUGAGUGAGUAUAAGUACAUGAUCUGUGGCGGGGAGAGCUCUACUCUGUUCAACACCAUGUAUAUAUAUAAUCGCUCGUAAGUAGAGU